CGGUAGCUCCUUAGUGGCGAAAACGAUUGACAUAACUUAUUGAAGAUGAGAUAAUUCUCCCGGGGAAAAAAACGCAACAUAGGAAAUUUCAGUUCAUUCAAAUCCCUCCGUUCUUCCUCCUUCCGCCACACAUCGGCCUGUUAACCAGACGCCAGAAAUGGCUACCUCCAGUUUGGCAUCGGCUGCUUCUGGUUUUCUUCUCACUCCUAAUGUCACUGGAAAUUCAAGUUCUGUUUGUCGGAACAACAUCUUGUCUUUCCCUGUGAGGAGCAACAGCACAAGGUUCGUUGUAAGGGCAGAGGAGGAGGCAGCAGCGCCUGCGCCAGAAGAAGGUGCAGAAGCAGCCAAACCAAAACCAGCACCAAUCAGACCCAAGAGAGGCGCAAAGGUGAAGAUUCUUAGGAGGGAAUCUUACUGGUAUAAUGGCACUGGAUCUGUUGUAGCAGUUGACCAGGAUCCGAAACUCGUUACCCAGUUGUGGUUAGGUUCAACAAGUUGAAUUAUGCUAAUGUAUCUACAAACAACUAUGCUUUGAAUGAGAUUGAAGAGGUUAAAUGAAGAUGAAAUGUUAUUUUUCUUCUUGAUUUUGCGAUUGUCCUGUGUCUCUCUAGAUUAAGCUUCUAUGUGUCAGGAGUGUGUAUCAUAUACUCAUAUUCUCUCCAGUGAUUUCUGAUUUCUUCUUUCUGCUUUUGUUUCCACAAUCAACAUCAACGUUGAUU